UCAAUAUAUAAUUUUAAGUUAUCUGAUUAUUAAAUAUGUCUAAACGUAAGAAUAAUAUAAACUUUCAUAUUCAACCCUUUGCUGGUGAUCCAACCACAUUAAAGUUUUUCUUUCUUCAAUUAGAAGAUUAUGUUAAGAUUAAUUCUUUAGAUGAAGAACAAGCUAUUGCAACUUUUAGAUCUUUAAUCUCAGGCAAUGCUUUAAAAUUUUAUAUUGAAGAACCUUCAUUGGUUAAAAUGAAAACACUAACUGAAAUAAAACAUAAAUUUUUGGAUUUUUUUAGACAAGAUGAUAAUUCAUCUAUUUUUGCUUUGAAUAAUAUUUUGUUGAAACCUCAGGAGACAAUAAGAUCCUUAGCUCAUAGGAUAAACAUAACUUUCCAUAAAGUGUAUCCUAACUUAAAUGAUUCAGAUGCAAUUGAUACUUUAAAGUACACGCAUCUAAUGGGAGCUCUUCCUCAUGAUAUUAAGGUCACAAUUUUGAAAGAAAAUAUUAAAAGUUAUGAGAAUGCUGUUGAAAGAGCACAACAACUUCAGAAUAUAGACUCUGCUAUUAACAAUCAAUUUAAAGGUAAUGAUGAGAUCUUAAAUCUAAAUUCGGAAAUUUCAAAUUUAAAAGAGCAGAUAAACAAUAUUGUUUCAAAUAAUAAU